AACAGCAGUACUGAAGACUUUAGCUAUUAGAUAAGUUAGUGGAUAAUCUGUCAGACACAUCCAGUAUAGUUUACAGCCUUACCAUUUUGCUCUUAUUAGGUAUCUUGGACUGAGCAGUUUUGGCCUUUACUGUAUUUGUCCCUAUGGAUUAAGCAUAUUUGGGCCACUCCCUUCCUUCUCCAUUUUUGUUUAAAAGUGCAAACUUUUUAAAGCUGGCUAUUGAGUUACUAAAAGAUCAUUCAAUAGGAGUCACUCACUACUACUUACCUUUUGCAGAAUGUGGACUGCAGAGACUUGCAUUGUAAUGUUUCAUUUAAAGCCAACAAAGUUUAAUACAUUGUUUGUUUAAUACUGUUUUAGGAAAUUUCAGGUCUUGUAAAUCACAGUAGUUUUUCUGGUCUAAAAUGAAAACAUUUGUAGUAUUGCCAAAUUAAAGAUAUAGGAAAACAACAUGUAUGUUAAGUCAUUAAACUUUUUUCAUGGUUGUGUGAGGAUAUGAACUGUUCCUUGGAAGAGAUACUUUUUAUUAGAUUGUUGUAUUUUUAAGCAGAGCAAGGCUGUGCCAAUAAAACCUUGUAACUAGUCACUUCCACUGGGGCAUCAGAAUCUUGCUGGGCUGUUUCUGCUACUUGUUGGCUCAAGCUACUUAACAAAAGGAGCCACAGUAUGAAGCUUGAAGUUAUUUAAGAUACUAAAAAUCUUUUUAGGUGUUCCAUUUUAUUAACGGGUUGUUGCAAUCAUUUGUAAACUAAUGAACUUAAAGUGAUUGGCACAAAUCAAAAUGAAAAUCCUUGAACAAAAGUUUUUAUAUAAAAGCUACAAUAAAACACAAAAAAGACAUUACCUGAUUCAGAGUUGUAAAAAUAAUGUUGCCAUAGUCAUGACAGUGCUUUUUGUUAUUGAAAGACUAACAGGAACUAUUCUUUCAUUAUUAGGAAAUGAAUCUGGGUCUGUGUAAUUACUAUAUUUCAUUGCCUUACCUAAAUCAAUUCUAUUUUGGUUGUAGUAUUAGUGAUUAGACCUUUGUACUGCCAGGGAUUGAUAUAAGGGUGUGUACCAUGGAUUAAGCACUUUUUUAGCCCAGAAGCACGUGGUUUUUAGUUACAACUAUCAAAUUUGUGCUCUUCUUCUUUUCUCUAUCAGGCACUCAUGGGCCUUUGUGCAUUUGCUUCUAGAUCCAGUUUUUAAGCUUGAAAGAACAGAUUGAAGGAAUUUGGCACUACUCCUGAUACGUACUGUGUUGUUUCAAAUAGUCUUCUAGGGAGUAUAGUGGAUGACUUGCCAGCCUUUCUGCUUACUUGGUUGUACAUAUAUUCAUAUAGAAUCCUGAUAACCAAUUGCUCAGAUAGCAACCUUAAGUGAAAGGCAGAACUCUUUAAGCAUUAAAGUUCCUUAAAACCUGAGGCUAAAAUCUUUGAAUACAUUAUUGAAUUCUUUAAUAUUCUAAUGGGCUAGCAGGUUGACAGAUGCACACUUGGCAUGCUUUGUUUUGGAUUUCAUUUUUCAUUGCAGAAUUAUUUGGCAAUGUACAGUAAUUUGUAAACUUGCAUCAAGUUUAUGAAUAAAGAACCAUUUUAAGAAUUAGUCUGUUUGUGGUUAGUCUUUGAAUAUAGAUAGCUUUCUGUUCGUGAACAUGUGUGUGUUCCCAACCAAUGCAAUGUAUAAAAGGAAAAACUGGUCAACAGGUCAAAACCUCUUUGAAUUUCAGGCUCAUAAGCACAGGUGUAAAAUGCUUAUAUGAAAAGCACCACUAAGUAUGUAGACUAAUGCAUUCUGCACUAGAUGAAGUUCCUAAAUUGACUUCAGGUAUGGCCCCAUAAAGUACACUAUAAUCUAAAGUAUAAAAAUCACAUGGAUCACUGGUAGUAAUGCCCAUGGUGGGGAGGGGGAAAUGGACUUGCACAGCAACAGAUGAGAAAUACUCAUUCACUCCUGCUACUUUGUCCUCUAAGAUCAAUGGGACCUUCAAACUGCACAUCUUGUUAACCAACAAGUGAGCAAAUGGGAGGAAAGCAAUCAGAUUCAAUCUUCCACCUCUCUGAAUAUCUUCCUCUUCAUCCAAACACCUUAACUUCCUUGGAAUCAAGCCUCCCAUACCAGCCCUCAUCUAAUCGUCGAAUCUUGAGUGAAUGCUGGGAAAGCCAAAAGCCUACACAAUCACAAUCAGACUGAGUUGAAAAUCAUUAGCCAUGUAGCCAAACCUGCCUCAUUUGGUAAAUAGAAGCAGACAACACUGAAUGCUGGGCUACCCCACAAUUGCCCUUUGUCAAACAACUAACACAAUCCCGGCCUUGAGUUCACAGUCUAAAUCAGAAACAGGAAACAAAAUAAUUGUUUUCCAGGAAGAGCAUAUGAGAGUUUGAUCCCCAUUUACUUUGCAAAAAUUGGAAAAUCUUCCUAAACCUAAAGAAUUAAAAAUGCAUUAGAGUGCACCUCACCUCAACUCUACUUUAACUUAGACUGCCAUAUGACAUUGCCACUGUAAGACAAAAAUGGUUCUAUCCUCAGCAGUUUUGAGCUGCAUGUGGGUAGAGGAAUUGUCACCUUCAAUAUAGGUGACACUAAAGUAACUUUCAAGUCUUAUUCUCUGUAUAGAAAUCUCCUGCAUUAAAGGGAUAUUAACAUAGUAACUGCUGACCAUUUCUGAAAGUUGUUUACAGUGUUGUAGUUGUUAGUCCUAGGAUAUGAGAGAGAGAAAAGAUGGGUGAGAUGUUCAAAUAUCUUUUGCUGGUGGAAGAGACAGAGGAGAUUUUGAGCGAGACAGAGCUGCUCCGGGUUUCUAAAAGGACACUUAAAAAACAGUGUUUGGUACUACAGCUGCCCAGAUCUCCCUUACCUGCCUUUUUUUGUACAUGAUUUUAAAAUUUUCAUUCUCUUCCCCCUCCCCCUUCCUGCCAGAGAACUGUGCAGUUGGCUUAAUAGUUACUUUAUAGAGGAGUAAAAUGUUGUGCAGGAUGGGGGGGAUUUUACCUUAAGAUGUGCUGCUGAAGGUUUAUGUCCCUUUUUUUCUUAUUCAUCUAGGUUGAGAAGGGCUGCUGAUCAACUCUAAUCCAGCUACAGCCUGUACCUUAAAAUCACUCACUCACAUAUGUAACUGAGCCUGGAACAAACACCUUGAGACAGGAAGUUGUUUGGUUUUUUUUUCUGUUUUUUUUGUUUUUUUGAGGAGCAGAGGAAAAUGCGUAGCUUUUACUUUCUCACAUCAAUCCACUUGUUCCAGGCCCAGUUAAUGCAGCUUUUAGGCUGGACUCUUGUUAUGCCAGUGGUCUGACCCAUACCUGAUAGAUUCUCCUUUCCUCGUGCAAUGCUUGGACAGCAUGUAAAGGGAGGGCAUCCAGGCAUGAGGCACUGCACGCUUUUGAAGCCUGUUUGUCUUUUGUGGGCUGCGGCUUAGGCUGUCGUAUCCCUUUUCUCCCUCCCCCUCACCCCCAUUCUAAAGCUACCUCCCCCCGGGCAGGCAUCGGUGUCUCUCCCUCCCCGAUCCCCGGCAGCGUUAACAACAAACCCCACCACAACCUUCAAGGUAUUUCUCCUCAGCCGCUGUCCUCAGAGUACAACUGGGCAGGAGUCACGGCGACGCUACGAGACUUGCCCAAAGUCAGACACGAAGGCCACAGCUGAGCAGGGAACCGAACCCAGGGCUCUGCAGGCUGCACCAGUCACACAUGUCCCAACCCCCAUCGCCAAGAACCGGAAGUCACGGCUCCACCGGCUGUCGUAAUGUCACGUGGUCACUUCGCAGACGUUAGCCGCCCGGUCUGCAUAUACACCAUCCCCACGACAGGGAAGCCCUUUGUAGGUGGUCACGUGCUCUGGAGGCGGAGACCGGAAGUGGGCGCCGUGCGGAUGACGUACUCAGAAUGCGCCGCUGUCAAGGCUUCCGGCUCCCUGCCCGCCUCUUGGUGCGCGAGUGUUUGCCGGUUAUGGAGAGAAUGUGCCCGUAGAUUACUGAGAACACAGCAGAGCAUAGCGUGGGUCUCUGCACUUGAGCCUGGUCCAUCUGAUAGUCAUUCUCUGGUCCGUGCAUUAGCCGAAGAACUUGAGAAUGUGCACGUGCUGCCACGAACAGUGCUCUACAUAGCAGAUGCAGAGACUUUCAUUGGAUAUGAAGAGUGUCACAGACAAAAGAGGGCAAGGAAAAGAAAUAGUAAAGAAACAGCAAUUGCACUAGAAAAGCUGUUGCCAAAACGAUGCCAAGUUUUGGGCCUGGUCACUCCUGGAAUUGUAGUUACUCCAAUGGGCUCAAGCAGCAAUCGACCUAAAGAAAUCGAAGACGGCGAAGCUGGCUUUGCUUUAUUGUUCCCUAAAAUUGAUGGUGUGAAAAUCCAUACCUUCCACUUUAAAAAAGUCUUUGAUGAAAGCAAAUUGACUGAAGCAGGUCUUAAAAAUAAUCCAGAGCUCCGUGUGGUUCUUCUAUUUGUCUACAAUUCUUGGAAGCCGGGAGCUGAUCGGUUUCUUAGUCAGAUAAUCAAUCCUUUAAAUGAAAAAAGUAUCAUCUUGGCUGGGGGGUAUGUGGAGAACUUGACGUCACUGACCUCUGAGAAUAACACUGAGGCUGGCGAUUCCUGUGGUGUGGUUGGAUUGGCUUUCAGUGGACCCCAGCUACAGAGUGCUGCAGUUUUGUUAGACCAGGAUGUAAUUGAUGAACGGACUGUAGAAGCAGCAAUGCAGCGUCUUAAAGCAGCAAACAUUCCUGAGCACAACACCAUUGGGUUCAUGUUUGCAUGUGUUGGCAGAGGACACCAGUAUUAUAAAACCAAAGGGAAUCUUGAAGCAGAUGCAUUUAGGAAGUUUUUCCCUAAUGUUCCCCUAUUUGGCUUUUUUGGACAUGGAGAAAUAGGAUGUGAUCGAAUAGUCACUGGGAAUUUCAUACUGAGAGAAUGCAAUGACAUAAAGGAUGAUCUACUCCAUGGUUAUACUACAGUUAUGACUCUUAUUCAUCUUGGUUCAACUAAAGCAAACCAAGUUUAAACAUGUUUUUUAAAUACACCAGCUGAGCUUCUUUGUUGUUUCCAUUCCAGAGAACUGAAAAAUCUGGAAUGAUGUGUAUAUAUUUACUAUAAAAGCACCUUCCAAAAUCUAAAGUAAUCACUUUUGUAUUGUUGUAAAAUCAUGUAGUCAGGAUAGUGUUUAAUGCAGUAGGUAUGGGGACGCUUUGCAUUUUGUGUAAUACUGUGCAAAAGUCAGAACUGCAGGUAAAUGUACAUGUGUUCAAAUUUUACAACAGAAGGAAGCUUUUCUUUCUUUCUCUUAAGGCUAGAAGAGUGCACAAAUGCCAGUGUAGUCCAGCAAAAAUGCUCAACAGUAUAGAGAAAUGAACCAUCAGUAUUUUGAUGUGAUCUCUAGUAUACAUAAAAGCUACUGAUAUGUAUGUGUCCGGUUCCACCUUUACCUGAGUCUUCUCUCAACAGAGAUAUGUACAUUCCAUCCAGACUUAGAACUGGGCCCUGCCUACAAGCAAUAAUACCUCUUUAUUAGAUCAAAUGGAUGAGAAUAUUUGAGGAAUAAUCAUGAAGUGUUUAUUAAAUAAAAUACAAAAUAUAUGUAAAAGGUACAGUGUCUUCUAUGUUUAGAGAAAAAAGCCAAUUUAAAGGGACACUAUCAGGUUACAAACUGAGUCCCUUCAAGAACACCUUGGAUUAAAACAAUUUUAAGUAUCUGACAUA